AUGGGCACGCUCGUCGGCCACGUCGCGCCGGGCGCCGGCUUCCUCCUCAUCGGGCUAUGGCAGCUGUUCAACCACAUCCGGCUGUUCUCCCUGCGGCCCAGCUCCUACGCAGCGCCGGUCUGGUUCCCCGCGCGGCGCGUCCGCCACCUCGAGCUCAUCCUCGUCAUCGUCGGCACGGCGGCGUCCAUCCUGAUGGAGCUCGUCAUCGGCCCCGCGAAGCAUCAGCCGUUCGACGACGACGGCACCAUCCCCUCCGACCACCUCCACAACUUCGAGCACGCCUCCAUCUCGCUCGCGCUGCUCGCCUACGCCGCGGUCACCAUCCACCUGGACAGGGUCCGUGCGCCCAUGCGGGACGCCGUGUCGCAGCUGGUCGCCGCGGCGGCGUUCGCGCAGCAGCUGCUCAUCUUCCACCUCCACUCCGCGGACCACAUGGGCGUGGAGGGGCAGUUCCACUGGCUGCUGCAGGGCGUCAUCGCCGUCACGCUCGCCACCACGCUGCUGGGGAUUCCCUUUCCACGGAGCUUCGUGGUGAGCCUGGUCCGGUCGGCCAGCCUCGUGUUACAGGGCGUGUGGUUCGUCGUCAUGGGCGUCAUGCUCUGGACGCCAGCGCUGAUCCCCAAGGGAUGCUUCCUCAACUUCGAGGAAGGCCACGAGGUUGUCCGGUGCCGCACCGACGAGGCGCUCCACCGCGCCAAGUCGCUGGUCAACCUGCAGUUCAGCUGGUACCUGACGGCCACCGUGGUGUUCGUCGUCGUGUUCUACCUCCAGGUCAGCAGGUUGUACCCCGAGGAGCCGCAGUACCUGCCGCUGGUGAAGGGAAGGCACGCUGACGGCGACAGGGAUGUUCGGUUCAGCAUCGGGGACGAUCACGAGGACGAUGACGACGAGGACGACCUCGAGGCCGCGAAGCGCAGUAACGGGCACGUGGUCAGCAGCACAAAGCCAAUGGAGGUCGAAAGGUAA